CGGGUAUGAACUUCCGGUUUUUGAUGCAUGUUCCAUUUCGUUUAUUAAAACGAUUGUUCAGGGUAAAAUGGUGUUAUAUUUCCAUGAUUAAUCCAUUUGAUCCAGUGAGUUAAUAAACUGGUUAUUGUACAUGUUGUGUUUGGGUUGAACGAUGUGCGCCAUGUUUGAUGGGAGUAGCUUGUCAGCGAUGCAGACUUCUCAGUGCCACACUCAGAAUAACUACAGUCCCCAGGAACUUGCUUUGGAAAUUAAAGCAUUCAUCAGUGGUGUUGACCAGACACAAGGGCGUAAACUCAGUGUUCGUGAUCAUGCCCGCUGUGCUGUGCGACUCCUCCGCACUGUCCCGGCAUGCCGAGGAGCAGUCCUAGAGCACCUGCGGGGGGUUUAUGAUGAAUACGUGGCGUCCUUUUUUCAAGACCUGGAGGCUGAGAUUGAGAGUGGCAGUAACAGUACUGCGACAGGAACCAACACCAGUAUGUCCAACCUGGAGGAUGUGGUUAAAGAGAUCCAUGCCGUCCUGCUAGAGUUUAUUCGGCUUAACCCGAAAGCCUGGGCUCCACUGGUGUCUUCUUGGGCAGUGGAUCUGCUUGGCCAGCUCAGCAGCAAGCAUGCAGGGAGAAGAGCAGCUCCUCACUCGUCUAGUCUGAAUGAACUCCUGCAGCUAUGGAUGUCAUGUUCAGCCACUCGUUCCCUCAUGGAGUGUUACUCCCAGUGCCUGGCAGCAAUGUUGGCCUGGUGUCCUGACGCCUGUGUGGAUGCUUUGUUGGACACAUCUGUACAGCACUCACCUCAUUUCGACUGGGUGGUUGCCCACAUUGGAUCUGCUUUCCCUGGCACCAUCAUCAGCAGGGUACUUGCUUGUGGACUGAAGGACUUUUAUGCACAUGGAUAUCCUUCAAGUGAAAAAUCCAGCCAGCUGCAAGCAAUGGAUAAAAGCAACAGGGUGCCAAAAAUCGGCUCUGUGGUGGGCAUCCUUGGGCAUUUAACCUCCAGGCAUUCUGACAGCAUUAAGAGAGAGCUUCUCAGGAUGUUCCAUGAUAGCUUGUCCACCUCACCACAAAAUGCACCUCCGUCUUCGGGGGCUGCAUGGUGGGAGAACUCACCUCAUCUCCGCAGGGCCACUGUGCCUUUCUUGCUUCAACUGGCUGCUCUCUCGCCAACUCUACUUGGGGCCGUGUCAGUCGAACUAGUGGAAUUUCUUCGUCCACCUGUGCUACUCCAGCUGCAUGCUCAGUUCCAGGGCUUGCCCAGAGAAGAGCUGGAGAACAUGUUGGGCUUAGCAGUGCACCUGAUCAGUCAGAGCCCUGCAGGUGGAGCACGGGUACUGCGCUUUCUUGCCGACACUGCCACACCAGCCUCUGUUAUCAUUUCAGGCCCAACGCCCUCACCGCACGAUGGUGUACGUGAAGCUUGUGACCGUCUACUUCAGAUGCUCCUUCUGCAUCUCCACAAACUUGUGUACAACAGACCUGAUAAUGAAGAGCCAUAUCCACACUCGUCGUCCACCUGUGCAGUGCCACGCGUGAUCCCAUUUCUUGAGGAACUGCAGGCCCAUGUUGGCGAGCUCUGUGCUGAGACACUCAGACUUGAAAGAAAAAGACAUCUCUGGUUGCAUCAGCUGCUGUGUCUGUUGUCUGUUUAUGGUGGUCCUAGUGUGGCUACUGAAGCCUUGUGCCAGCUGCUCGCACAAGCCAGGAACCCUGAGGAGCUGGCAUUAGCCUCACAACUCCACUCCCCUCUUUCCUCCUCCAUCCCUGGACUGCUUCCAGCAGCUGUGGCACGCUGCGUUGCUCAAAUCCACACCCAAAACUUGAACAGUAGAGAGUUAGCACAGAUCUUGAACAACCUGGCUACAGCAGUACAGAGCCAGGAAGAAGACUGCAAAGCAGGCAGUGCUCCAUCUGGAAGUUCAACGCACUCAUCAAUGGCAGCUCAGGUUGGAGCUGCAGUUUCCAGCCAUCUCCAUGAUUUCUGUCCACUGCUCCUUCACGGUGACACCAUAGUAUCUAGAGCAGCUGCUCGCCUUCUGUCCUGCAGCCAGCUACCAAAAGCUUGCACACCAGCACACCUACUACUGAUAUCACGGGCAGCGGUGGCACAUUUCUUCAUAGCCCUGCGGCAAAGAGGGGAGGGACUGAAGGUUGGAGGUCAGGGUGGUGGAGAGGCAGUUGGUUACUCUAUGCGCUUACUCUCCCACCUGGCAGGUUACUCCUCCCUGACACUCAAAAUCGUGCUGCAGCAUCUUGUGGAAGGAGCGUUACAUAAGGGCAACCGAGAUCUCUUUGGAGGCCAGAAAGACACUCCUGAUGAAGAUGUUGCUCUCACACCCUCUCAAGUUCCAGACUUGGGUGCCUCACUGCUGGACAUCAACUAUAAAUUUGGCACGACUGUCAACUUCUCUGGUAGCGUGUGGUCUGUGUUCCAUGCUGGGGUGAUUGGAAAGGGUCUGAAACCUCCUCACAUUCCUUCACACUCAGAACCUGAUAAGGUAAACCAGAACAUGCAGACUUUGCUUGCCGUCACAGUGCAGUGCUGUAGCUGUGGUGGAGGAGGAAGCAGCAGUAACGGAUCAGGCUCUGGAAAUUCCCGCUGCCAUCCAGCCGGUGAAUCCGUUUUGGAUGAGCCCUCCCCGAUCAAUGCAGAAGCUGCCAAGGUUAUUGCAGUAACUCUGGUGGAGAACGUUUGCCCAGAUGUAGCAAAUGGAGAAUUGUCCUGGCCACCUGAGGAACAUGCCAAGACUACUGUUGAACGAGACAUUCACAUCCGCCGAUGUUUUGAAGCCAAUCCUGUGUUGUUCCACCUUCUUCGAGUGGUGGCAGCUGGACGCCCAGCUCUCUGCUAUUGCUCUGCUGUUUUGAGGGGACUUCUGGCCACACUAUUGGCUCACUGGGAGGCUUCAAGAGAGCCUUCAGUGGCAGAUUCCCCCUGGCAUCUCCAAGCAUCUUGCCUGCUAGUGUCCUGUAUGGGAGAAGGUCAGCUUUUGCCACCGGUGCUAAGUAACAUCCAUGAAGUCUUUCCUAAUCUCUCCCCAUUUGAGGUUAGACUUUUGCUGCUAGGUGUGUGGGAGUAUAUGCGUGGGAACAGCCCUAUGCCACAGAAAUUUGCUUUUAUUGCGGAGAAAGGAAUGUUUUUCAGAGAUUUCUCUCGGGACGGUGAUGUGGCGCGUUACAUUGCACCAAUCCACAGUGUACUUCACAAGAACAUUGACCGACUCGGACACUUGUGUUGGAGGUUUCAGAUAUAGCAAAUCUGUUUUUAGGAUAAUUGAUGUUCGGAGUUGCUAUUUGCCAUAAAAUUUCUGAGUAGUAUAAUUCCUACAUCCUUUUGUUUUAAAAGUUUAUAGUGAACAACAAUCAAAGUGGAAUGUUCAGUUGAUGUGAUUAGUUCACAUGAUUUUUGAGGGUCCUUUCAGCUUAUAAAAGUGUGAGUUCAAUGAAAUGGGAGGAGAAAUGCAUUCUUUAUAAAUUGUUUAAAAAAGUUUGGACCAUUAAAAGUACAAUAGUCUUUUUCUAUCUUGUACUUAUUUUUUACAUUAGUCAUUUGUUUAUAUGGCUUUGGUAGUAAUAGUUUGAGGUUACAGCUCCUGUUUGGAAAUUUAAUAAUAUGAA